AUGUGUGAUGUGAGUAAUCCUGAGAAGACCAAGGAGCUUCAGAGGCAAGUGGAUGAAUUGAUGAAAAAAGGCUAUGUUCGUGAGAGCUUGAGUCCAUAUGCCGUUCCAGUGUUACUAGUGCCAAAGAAAAAUGGGACAUGGCAGAUGUGCAUGGAUUGUAGAGUCAUCAACAAUAUGACGGUAAAGUAUCAUCACCCUAUUCCUAGGUUGGAUGAUAUUUUUAGACCUGAUUUUAGUAAAACUUUAGAGAAUGAGUGUGAUGCAUCAAGGAUAGGUAUUGAAGAAGUUUUAAUUCAGGACAAAAGACCGAUAGCUUAUUUCAGUGAGAAAUUGAGAUGGGCUGCAUUGAAUUCCCAACAUACAAUAAGGAAUUGUAUUCACUUGUUUGGGCCUUUGAGACUUGGUUGCAUUAUUUAUGGCCAAAGGAAUUUAUAA